AUGACCGGAAAGAACAACACGCGUGGUAUUUCAUCACUUCCCCAGGAACUCUACGAUGAGGUUACGCUUUUCUUUGCAAAUUAUGGCCUAGAGGUUGAAGACCGAAUUGCACGGUUGAUGUGCCUGCGUUUAGUCAGUGUGUCAUUCAAUCGAAGCGCCACUCGAGUUCUAUUAAGUGCAGUACGCUUGAGUGUGAGUCGCCUAUUAGAGACGCCUCAACUUCUCCACGUGCAGUCUCCGAGCAGCAUAAAGUCCAUAUUUACGAGCGACCUCCGUCGAUUCAUCUGCUCCCUCACAAUUUUUUCGACUGGUUGGUUCGUUAAGGCUGUAAAACGACCUCAUAACAAUCUCUAUCGAUGCCUUAAAAGACUCCCUUCAUUGCAGUACUUUGAAAUUGACUACCACAGCCAAUACCCGCACGCAGUGGUAUAUAUGCUCUGGGCCCUUGAACGUGCGCACCGAUAUCUUCCCAAAUUAAGAGAAAUCAAAAUCGAUUUACCGGCGUACAGUUCACCCAAAUAUCUGGCCCCCUGUCUCCGCAGGCUCGAGGGCGUUCUACGCACAUACCUGCCUCAACUUCAACACAUUGAUAUCACGUUUGUCUCUGACUGGUGUGCAAUUAUGGACGACUUCGUAGACCAAGCUUUCCUUCAUCUUUUCCGCCUUGGCCGUGGGCUAAGAUCUAUCCGCCUAGUGGGUAUCAGCACCUAUGCCAACUAUCCUGAAAUCUAUAAUCGGCAAAGUUGGCUGCACCCAGACGCUCCAAUUGAGCACAUUGAACUAGAUGACUUUACUGCGCCAUUCGAAGUUCUAGCAAGGAUAUUCAACUAUGAGAGAACCUUGGUGAGUCUGGACAUCCGCAGAGUGUUUCUCUCAACAGGUGAAUGGAGAGACCUUUUCCUAAAGAUCCGCAAACUCCCGUUGUUGUCACAUCUGCAUAUCUAUGAAUGUUAUUAUGCCGAUGAUGGGAUAUAUUUUGCCCAAUGCUUAACCGAAAAGGAUGAAGAUGCUGCGCAAUCUGCUCGUGAAAUGACAAAGAAGAGGAGCGAAGGCUUGCCCCGGGGACAAGUGAGGAUGAUAUUUCCAAGGCAAGCCGCGCGAUUGAGCAAGCAUGGUCUUCACUUGCACUGA